CGAGGAUGAAUCUGGAGAAAUCGAGUUCGGCGAAUUCCGCACGAUGCUCGAAGCGUUCCACUUCAACAGCUUGAAAACCGCGCAUAAGCUUUUCAACUACUUCGACAGCACCGGCUCUGGAUCCAUAACUUUUCAAGAAUUCGCCUGCGGGAUCUUCCCAGAAGUAGCGGAGCAGGACUUGGAGAAUAUUUUAGGUUUGGGAGACGAAGACUUCCUCAUAGGGGGGCAUGGUGCGGGGGCCGGACUAGGAGAUAACAGCAGCUCUGGAUCCGGGGUAGGGAACAACGCGCUGGCUGAUUUCCUGAAUCCCGAGAGCUGUAGUUCUGAUAGCGAUGAUUCCUCGGACAAUUCAGACGACAAUGACAACGCGGACGACCAUACGAAAGGAGAUCAGGGCUCCGAGGAGGGCGGUGCGGGAGCUGGUGCAGGAGAUAACCAUUCCGCAACAUCUGAUACUAAACGGGACGUCGACAAGAACAAUUCCGUUUCCGACAGCGAGCUUGUAGCAGAAAAUCGAGACAACUCUCUCGUCAAGAAGAAUCGCUCGUCCGCAUCUUCGACAAAAGGCAAAAAGAAAAACCGCGCGUCCGCGAAAAGCGAGCACAGUGCAGCCGACGAAGUGAGUUUGCCAUCAUCCGACGAGGCGGCUGGAGGUGCGGGGGAAAAAAUCGUAUCUAGUCCGAGGGACUCGUGGAAGAAAAACAUCAAAAAAGGGAGAAAUUCUGGACCAGGUUAUGAAAAUAGUGGUUCUGGUGGUAGACCACCAGGGACAACAAGUGGAGCCUCACCCUCCUCGCCAAAGAACAAAAACGCCUUUGGUUUCAAAGCAUUCACCACUUCCUCCACCGCGACGACGUCUAAUUACCAUCAGCAGCAAUACGACCGGAAUAGGUUGACGGAAUCGAUUGAGUCUUCCGCUUUCUCCAUGGCGUCCCCCCACUCCCCCCAGCACAACAGAAACUUCGGCGGGGGACAACUUGGUGGCCCGACGUUACUCGCCGGCUCCACGACGCCCAGCGUGAUGCUGGACGGGAACCAAUUUCUCCGCGAGUCCACAGCGACCAAUAGAGGCGGCGGCGGUGCCACAUCAGGUGGAAACCACCACCACAGAGGUGGGCCCCCAACGGACGAUUUCGGGAUGACGAGUUCGCAGGCGGUUCCCGCCACCUACAGCAAUUUUCGCGGGAGCACCGGCUAUAUUGGCGGAGGGCCCGGUCCGCCGGGAGGUGGAAAUAACAACAACCUCGCGGUUGGCCCGCAAUCCUCGGACGUGGCCCGAGACAACAGCUUCAAUUCCAACGAACACGACCCGUCCUACGACGAACUAUUACCCGGGCAGGACGAAAAGGAGCCCGCAAAAGUGAAGCUGCAAAGGUCACUGAACCGUGCGAAGGAUAAGUUGAUCAAAAACACGAGGAAGAGCAACAAUAAGGACAAUACCCACGAGCAGCAGGAGGGGAGUAAUAUGCAGCCGAACAGAAAUAAUACCCUCACGGUUACGAAAAACCUGUCCACCGGCCGUAGUCAACAGCACGGCCUAGGAGUUCCCGGCGGGGGUGGGGGUGGUGCGACUCGAGGGCUGUACGGGGGCGGCGCGGCGGGUCACUACGGAAAUAAAUCUGGCGCGCCACUGCACUUUUUGGCGGGCGGGACCAUGAAUAUGAAGCAGGGUGCGGAAAUCCAGCAACUGCAGCAGUACGUGCAGAAACUCGGGCAGAGGCUGACGUCUCUGGAGGUGAAAACGGACGAGAAUCAGCGCAAGAUGCUCUACAUGCUGUCCGUGCUCUGCGAGCAUGUGGGCGCGGAGGUGGACUUCACCCAAAUGCCCGGAACCAUGAAGAAAAUGAACAACAAACUCCUCGCGGCACCGUCUGACGGAAACAAACGGUCCAGCGAAAACAAACCACGCUCGAGCGGUUUGAGGGUAUUAUAGCUGGAUUUUAUGGCAGCAGCAUUUGUUUACAUUCUUUUUCUUUGAUGAGACUUUCGACCUCUACUAACAAAUUCAAUAGGGCUGUAUUCUAGUAUAUCUUCAGCGGAGGCCGCGGGCUUUCACCGAGAAAAAUUUCAAAAACCACACUUAUCCAAUCAUGUUGAUUGUACACCUACCCAAUAGGACGGCGACUUCGACGAACCUUCAACGAGUCCUUCCGGCGGUGGUAAACCGACGCAGAGCCACAGCACACGGUCGAUCCAGGUUCCCGCAGGAUUGCUGCGCGAGUCUCUGAACCCCCGCACGCUCAACUCCCACGCGCCGAGCGUAAUUCAGAGCUCGGACCGGCUAUCCAGCUACCGCGGAUUGGCCGCGACCUUUCGGACCGGUGGGGUGAAACAAGACCACACCAGCAGUAGCCUGGCCAGCAAGGGUGCCGGGGGCCGCCGGCAGUCGCACGCGAGCAUUUUCACGGCAGCACCACCAAAACCUAGGAGGGGAAGCAACUCCAACGACACCGCCGGCGGGUUAGCGGUCGGGCCGCUAGUGAGUUUGCAACAGGCAGGUGGAGCAGGGGACGUCGUUGGAAAGACCACAACUUCGCCGAGUACUAGUGGUGGCGCUCAGGGAGAGCAAGGCAAAAAAGACGCUGGCGGCGGCGCUGGUGGAAACAAUAUGCUGAACAUUGCGAGCCAGAUGUUCGGGGUUCGGCGCUCGUCCAACAGUCAGCAGCCACCGGAAACUGGGAUCUUCACCGCAAGACGGGGCUCGAACAACGGGAACGGUGGGAUGAUGUCCAGGAGGACUUCUAACGCUGGCGGGACUGCACCACAGCCUCCGCCUUUACCACCCCAGCCCCCGGACGGCGGGGAGGAGAGGAAAUAGCUGGGGUGUGGUGCUCAAAAAAAGGCGGGUACAAACGGAUCGUAAAAAUUAAAAUUGAAAUUUCAAAUCAGAACAAAAAAACCUAAUAUCGAUAGACACGAGUGAUAGUGAACAAUGGAUAACAGAUACAGAGCGGGUAACAGGUAUUUGACGAGUUACGUCCCAGAAGUGCAUCAGCGUCAGGCCUUGCCAUCGUCCAUUAUAGUCCCAAAUUUAAUAGUGAUAUAGUGAUUUAUUGUGCCGGAAAAGCAAAUUUUGUUUCAACGACUAACUCACAAGAAGCUCGGUGGAAAAUCUUCAAAAUGGAAGAGCAAAUUCAUUGUCUACUUAGUACGCUGCAAAAGCGAACUUGGAAGUAGAAAGAAGAGAAUCUCGAGACACAGAAGGGCUGCCUGUUACGGCAUCAUGGUUAACUAUUAUCCUAUGUUAUCAAUCUACCAAAUCAUCAUGUUUCAAACUAACGAAAAAAUCACGUUUCAAGCUAACAUCAAAAAUGUACUAUGUAGCGUGAAGUGCUCCCAGUCCUCCCAAUGAAAGUAACUGACACUGUAUAGAAAGAAUAAACAUAUGCGAAUAGACACAGGAGACGACACCUCUGAAAAUAAACAGAGACUGUAAAAUUGCACGUGCUAGUUUAUAAUCUUCUGUCACUUGCUCACGUCUACUCCAU